GAGCUGCUGGAUUUACAGAAAAGUCACUUGAGUUUAUGUGUCUGAUGAUGGAAAAUAUGAAAGAGCUGCAGCGCAAGUAUCAAGAAGACCGAGAAGAAGGAGGAUCAAUCAGAGGGAUUGAGGUAGUUCGAUCUGGUGCUCAAGAAUUACCUCCUUUGCCUGCUUGGUCGUCGAAUCAAUCGCCACUUCAAUUGAGCGAUUGGCUGCUGCUCAUCGAACCGGUGGUUUCAGAUUUGACUGCAACUGCUGAAACCUGGUGGAAGACCCUUCUCAAAGAGGCCGAGGGUUGGUAUCAGUCUCAUAUGAAGAUGUCACCUCUUGAACGUCUCCAACAUGGACAUGGAACUCCACCUUCUUUGACACAGGAAAAACGGCAGCGAUUGGAGCGACGCAUGUCCACGAUGAUGCUUCAAGCGAUGCCUGAACAAGUUCGUGAAGAGCUUGUGUCCACCAGAAGGAUGAGUGUGUUCUCCAUCAUCACACACCUCUAUGUGAUCUACUGUCCAGGUGGUAUCUCCGAAAAACAGAACCUCCUGAAAAACCUUGAGGAUCCUGCGGAAGUCCAAACAUUGGGAGAUGCUCCAAUGGCUUUGAGAAAGUGGAUCAGGUGGCGUCAGAGGGCCACCGAAAUCGGAGCGAUCACGCCUGAUCCUGCUCUUCUUGUUCGUGUGCUUUUGAGGAUGACAAAGAAGGUUUUGGAAACAAAUCGAGAACUACAAUUUCGAGUGUCGCUUGCACGUCAUGGGUUAGGCAUAGAUACGGUGCCGACCUUGGAGAGUGUGACGCAGUUUGCAAUGCACCUCCUCUCUGAGUGCGAGCAGUUGUCGCAAAUGGAGAAGAAGACCGUCCCCAACAACGCCAAGGUUGAACCGAAAGUGAAGAUGCGAUGCUACGUCUGUGGUGCGGAAGAACACUUGGCUCCUGCAUGUCCACGAAAGGGAACAGGUGAGGGAUCGCCUCCGAAGCAGAAGGGCGCAAAAGUUGAAGAAGGAGUGAAGACAGGUGAAGUAAAGACAGGUGAGGAGACAAAGGAAGAGUCUGAGACGAUGAAGGGGCUGAUUGAAGAAGCCAACAAGAUGCUCAGAUCACUCACAUCUCACUCGACUUCAUCUCCCAAUUCCUCUUCGGCAUCAAACAGAGAUGAAGACAGCCGAAGUGAAAUGCUGUCACGCCUUCAGGCUCAGCUCAAUUCCCUGAAGGUCUUCAAGCUUGGGCGCAUUGGCGCUGGUCUGGGUCGAGGUCUCAUUGACAGUGGGGCCACUCAUGCGUUGCGUCCAUCAAGAGAAGAAGAGGACACCCACAAGUUGAAAGAAGUUUCUGUCACUUUGGCAGAUGGCAAGUCCAUUCAGUUGCACAUGUCCCCAGGUGGCUCCAUGAUCACCUCAGACCAGAACAUUGAGCCGAUUGUGCCUAUGGGUUCUUUGAUCGAUGCCCUAGGCUGCGUGGUGUCGUGGUCGAAGGGAGCUCUUCAAGUCCAACAUCCAAUCCGAGGUCUUUUACCAGUUGAAGACUGUGGAGGUUGUCCACAGAUUCCAAGGAAGUUGGCAUUGGAGCUAAUCUCUGAGAUCGAAGACUGCAACAAAGGCGUCUCAUUGAAUCGCCUAGACAUAGAAGAAGAGCUUGGAUGGAUGAGAAGGCUUCUACAAGCUCACCCAGUUUUGUCUCGUCUUCCUGACUGGCUCCAAAAGAAGCUUGUGGUCCAGCCGGGAGAAUGGGAAUCUUUGCCUUUGAAUCGACGUCAGCGACGAACGUUGAAAACUGAGGGAUUUGCACUGCACUUGUACUCUGGAGAGGACUCAGGUCACACACUUCAGCGAUCUAUGAGGUGUCAAGGCAGUAAGACAAGGAGGCUUUUGGAAGUGGAUGUAAAGAAGGGGCAAGCGUAUGACAUGCUUGCUGACGAAGGGAUCUAUGCCACUCUCUUGCGAGCUGCGCUUUCAGGAAAGAUUCUGGCUGUCUUGGGUGGCCCGAACUGCAGAAGUCGAAGUGUGCUCCGACAUCGACCAAUUGAAGGCCAACCAUGGGCCCCCCGUCCAGUGCGUUGCUGGGAGGGAGGGGAAUUUGGAGCACACUGGAUCAACAAGAAAGAAGAAAAGAUGAUUCAAGAAGAUGACACUCUUCUUUGGCGAAUGAUUUUCUUGUACAUGAUUUCAGAGUAUGUCCGCAAGGCACAGUUGCGACCAGAUCCUGUUCACUUUGCGUUGGAACAACCUGCAUCUCCAAAGACUUAUCAACCUGCAGCUGUGUCGUUUUGGGACACCACUGAGUGGCAUGAUUUGAGAAAGGAGUUUCAGUUGAAGGAGGUCACUUUCAAUCAGGGAUGUCUUGGAGGUAUGGCAACAAAACCCACCACUUUGGGCACUACGUUUGAUUUGUGCUUGGAGGAUCACAAGAUGGGUCCUCUUCUACCUGCGCAACCUGUGGAAAGCUCAAAACAGUUGGAAAGAUGGGCACCUGGACUGAUGAACGCUGUCAGCGAAGCGGUCAUAACUCAGGUGUUCAAGGGGACACCGCAACUCAGGGCUCUCACCUAUGAAGAGCAUGUUGCUUUUGGUCAUGUUCCAUAUCGCCGUGACUGUCCUGUUUGCCUGCAAUCCUCCCAACAGAUCUUCCUCAUCGACGAAACAAACAUCCACAAACAGGAGUUCUUGCUCUUGACACAUGUGGGCCUCUUUUACCAUCAAGCGAUGUUGGAGCCUGAAGGUGAUGAUCAGGAAGCUGAUGAACAGCCUCCUGAUGGCCUCUUGCCAAGAGGUGCAGAACUUCCUGAGGAGUCAAAGAAGGCGAGGGAAGUCACAAGAGUAGCGAUGGAGAUGGUUCUCAAACUGAAGAUUGAUGGAUAUCAUGUGAAUCGUAUCCACAGCGAUAGAGGCCACGAAUUCCUUGGGUCAUUUGAAACAUGGAUGAGGUGCCAAAGGCUGGAUAAGAAGCCAGAGUUCCCCCGCUUUCUUCAAGAAGUCUUGGUGAGGAGGAGGAGGUGGAAGAAACAGGCGUUUGAGCCUAUGGUGGAAGUUGCAAGAUACCUCGGAUCUGCACCCGAGGACAAUGGCCAUUGGAUCAAGGUGAACGAUGAAGCACCAAGAGUCACUCGAUGCUACAUGCAGAAAGCCAUAGAACGACCUGAAGAAGGAGUGUGGCUAGCCAUCGAAAGGGAGGUCUUGGAUGCUCUCACAAAAAGACGAAGGCUUCGAGAAAAGACUACAGUGCGUAGGUUGAAAAUGGAGGAGAAAGAAGAAGGUGAGGAUGAGGCCGUGAGAUUGGCAAAGAUGAGGAACAGGUUUACAAGAAUGGUCGAGGAGGAGACUAAGGCGAUGUUGGAUGAUUCUCCUGAAAUGAUCACAGAAGAGAUUGACAUCUUGGCCAAGCUCAAAAAGAUGCUUGACUCUCAAGAGAAGGGCGAAGAUGAUGAAGUCCUCCAAACGAAAAUCAUCUCCCUUCUUGAGGUCUCAAAGAACUGGAAUGAUUGGCUUCCGGCAGUGGAUGCUGAAGUCACGUCACUGUUAGAAGAGAAGGAAGCCUUCGAGGAGGUAAGUGGAGAAAGGUUGGAGGAGCUCUUGAAGGAUGCAGAAAAAAGGGGCAUACCAGUGGAGUUUCUCCCAUCAAAGUUGGUCUGCACAAAGAAGCCAGGAAAAAGAGGUGGCCGCAACAAGAUUCGAUGGGUCAUCUGUGGAAACUUCGAGCAGGUCAAAGAGGGAGAGAACACGUUUAGCUCUGGUGCAGAUGCCUCUGCACUGCGCCUUCUGAUCGUUGCGGCAUCAAAAUUCCAAUGGGAGGCUGGGACCAUUGACAUCAAAACAGCCUUCCUGAAUGCCACCAUGUGCCCUGAAGACCAGCCAAGCUUGUUGCUGGUCAAACCUCCUAUGCUGCUUUUGGAAAAGAAGUACAUGAAGCCAGGAACAUACUACAUGCCCAAGCGCGCGGUCUAUGGACUUCGCCGAUCACCAAAGCUCUGGGGUGAUUGCAGAGAUGAUGAAUUGGAAGUCAUGAAACUGGAAGUGGAGGAGGAAGAAGGUCGGAUGACAUCACUCCGACUCUGCCCUCUGGCAUCAGAGCCAAACUUGUGGAGGAUUGAAGCUGAGGAGAGUGAAGCUGAGUCUGACACUCAGUCGAACUUUGCUCCGCUGCCAUUGAAAGGGCUCUUGAUGACAUAUGUCGAUGACAUCUUGGUCACUGGAAGUCGAAAGGUGGUAGAUGCCGUCAUGGAAAAGAUCAGAACUAUCUGGACCACCUCAGAACCAGAUCAAGUAGGAGAAAAGCCUAUACGAUUCCUAGGCAUCGAGAUCUCAAAGACCUUUGAUGUCACCAAGAAUCGCGACGUUUGGUAUGUCAACCAACAGUCCUACAUCAAGGACCUUCUUGCGCAAGAUCAAGAAGCUCCAGACAGAAAGAUCCCAAUCACAAAAGAUCAGAGUCAACUUCCAGAGGAAGAAGGAAGAACACCAGAGCUGAUUCGUUCAGCUCAGAAAGCCACCGGUGAGAUGCUCUGGCUGGUGACACGCACCCGCUUGGACCUCAUGUAUGCCGUUUCAAAGAUGGGCUCUUACGUCACGAAGGCCCCUCAGAAGGUCCUCCAGAUCUACCAGCAGAUCAAGGGGUAUCUCAAAAGCACUAUGGAUGAAGGCAUCUGCUUUGAUGCUGCUGGAGCAGAGACCUUGAUGAUUGAGGCCAUGUCAGACGCCAGUUUUGCACCUGAAGGAGAUGUCAGCCACGGAGCCUUCAUCAUCAUGGUAGCUUCUUGCCCUGUUUUUUGGCGAAGUGGUCGUCAAAGUUUUGUGACGCUCAGCACAGCAGAAGCGGAGAUGAUGGAGAUUGUGGAGAGCAUGGUGGCUGGAGAAUCAAUUGGUGCCAUAGCUGAUGAGCUGUUUGGCCCUCUGCAGCGAAAAUCUUGGACAGACUCUCAGUCUGCCCAAUCAAUUUUGACCACUGACGGAGGAUCAUGGCGCACACGUCAUUUGCGACUGAGAGCAUCAGCUGCCAGGAGUUCAAUCUUGCAGGGCACCUGGUUUCUUCAACAUGUCGCGGGAAAUCAAAUGAUCGCUGACAUUGGCACCAAGCCAUUAGCUUCAGAAAGAAUCAGGUACUUGAAGAAGGAGAUGAACCUGGUUCAAGUACCACAACCGAAAGAGCAUGAGAAGAAAGAAGAGAAGGUUUUUGAAGAAAAAGGAGAAGGCGUAGGCAUUCAGAAAGCAGCAGCAGCAUUGAAGCUGCUCACAUUGGCUGCUGCGAUCUCAGCUGCCAAAGGAGAAUAUGAAGAAACAGAAAAAGAAGAUCAGGAAAAUUCAACCCUCGAGCUCAAAGUCAUGAUGGUCGUUUUUGCGUUGAUCAUCGUGCUUCUCACGAUCGUGAGCCAGCAUUUGUGGAAGGUAGGAGUAAGGAGGCUGGAAAUGUCUUGGUCAAACCAAGCUGGAUCGUCUUCCCGAAGUCUCCCUGCAGGUGCUGCUGCUCAAAGAGAAGAAGAAGAAAAGGAAAAUGGUGGUGAAGGGAUGGCCGCUGUGGCAGGACAACUGUCACAGCGACCCACGUACCUCCCACCAGGCGAAGGGUCUUCUUCGCCACUUGAAGAUUCAACCUCUUCAUCAGAGGACACUCCGUAUCGUCCAUUAGAUGAGCGCCACAUCCCUGGGUUCGACUUGGAUCGAGUCAUGCAGGAGAUAGCAGAUGAAGAAACCAACCUCUACGAGGAAGCACAGAGAAAUCCAGAAAGAUUCCAGAACUAUGAGAACAGCGAGGAAAGAGCUAGAGCAGCUUUCCAAGUUUUGACCACUCGGUAUGGCCGAGUUUAUCACUAUCAGAGCCAGUGCAGGUACCUGUCGUCUGUCCAGACAGGAGCCAAUCGAGAAUCUGCCUGGUGUCGCAUUUGCUGGGCCAUUACCGCUCAAACGCGUGGACCCCCACCACCAGGAGUUCCACUUUGGAUGGAUCACUGGGGUGGAGAUUAUCAUGUGGAUUCAAGAUGCCCACGCUGCGAUCCAGAAAAGAUGUUUCCAGCAUGCCAAGGAUGUGGUGAGAGCGCAGGUUAGAUCUUUUUCCUUUUAUUUGCACGAUAGAAGCAGCUUGAGCCUGAAUCUUGGGAUGACCUCACGAUAUCCCAAGGGAGGAGUGCAGAAUGCAUUCCAUUUUGACCAUACCUGUCAGGCAUUUUGACUUGCUGCAGAUUUCACAUUUGCCGAUUUUCUGUAGCUGCUUUUUCUAACUCAAGCCGAGCACAACCCCGAGAAGGAAAA